CUCGGACCUCUCGGUCUCGCAGGCGCGCUCUCUCCGUCUCCGUCCACAGUCCCCCUCUCCCACCCUGCGCCCGUGUGGGUGAAGCCGCGCUACUCUUGUAAAUAAGCGUACUCCGGGACAAUCACCAGCUUUCUGUCGUCCUCUCGAUACCCUCAUCACGACUAGGCAGCCACCGCCUCCUCCGCCCAAAUGGCUUCCUCCGACCCAUCUGCACUCACCAAUAUCUUGUUGGCUCUCGCGCAGGGCGCGAACAACGCAGCACCCGGACAGAACGCACAAGCGAACAACGCAGCACCCAGAGCGCAGCAGGGCACGGGCCUCUUAGGAUUAGCGGGCCCCUCCAACGUUCCGCCGGUGCCCGCGCAGCCAACCCCACAAGCGUUCAUAUCAACCAACGGUCCCGGCCCCAGCGCGAAUGGUAAUCAACUCAAACUUCAAGGACUGCUCGCUCAACUUGGGGCGCCUCAGGGUGUUCCGCCAGCACCCCAGACGGGGGUGCUGACCGCUCUCCAGAGCCUCAUUAGCGAGGCUCUGAAGAUGAGCAACCCUGUCGGUGCCCAUCCUGACGACGACGCGCGCCUUGUUCGGGCUUUGCAUGAGAGCGAGAGUAACGGCCAGACCUACCGCCAGGCGUUGGACUCAUUGAAUGAAGUAAACGGGCACUCUGCUGGCCAGUGGACGGACUAUUUCCUCGACCACGGCAGCCGUAUUCACCGCUUGAUCAAUAAACUCGCGGCCGAGGCCGCGGUCCCCCCUGCGCCACCGAGGCAGCCAACCCAACUGGCAUCACCUCCAGCUACAGCUAGCAACACCCCUGUCGCUCGACCAUUCUUGUCUGCAACCAGAGAUGAGGGCCGCGACAUCAGGCCCGCUUCUCCCCCUCCUAUUCCUCGCUCCACGCAGCCGGCGGCUGCACCCUUGAGGCCUUCAUUGCAGUCGAUAUCUUCUAGAGCACCCGACCGCGGUCGCGCACCGGGCAGGCCGCCGCUCACCUCGUCUGGACGUCGAGACUCGUACUCUCCCGAUUGUCCUAUGAAGAACCCCAGGCCGCCUCGACGCCACGCCUCCAGUGAAGAUUUCAAUCUUCACCCGAACAGCGCAGAGAUUCGUGUUCCGCAACGCCCUUUGCACGCACCCACCCCUCCUACCCAUGCUGUAAGAACACCAAACGGUCUCGGGAAUACAUUCACCGAUGAGGACAAGAAGUUCUUUGUCGACUUCAUCCUUUGGGAGGUCGGAAAGGAUGCAUCCCUAACCAAAACCGAGCUGUACGCUCGGCUGGCACAGAAGGCACCUCAUCAUGAUGCCGCUUCUUGGAAUAGAUAUUGGGCUCGCAACACAGAUCUCGCGGACAAGGUGUACCGUACUGCCAAGGCCAGCGCUGAGAAAGCAACACGAAGGUCUUCAGGUGUCCGGCGGGGCAGCCUUCCCAACCCUCCUGGUCCAGAUAUGUCCGACGACGAAGAUGCGAGCGCGGGAUCCGACUCUGAGGAGUCCGACGGCGAGCUGUCCGACUGGCGUGCCGAUCCAGAUACGGACGCGGACGUUGCUAACAUGGGUGGGCACAACGAGGUUUGGAGUAACACGGACUUGCGUGUGCUUGCGAGGUGGAUCGCGCGGCAACCUCGGAACUGGAAAUACUUGCCCCGCAGAGAGAAGUACUCAGGCUUUGUGAGGAAGUACAGCAACAGGAGGACGGUGGAGGCUUGUCACUACACCCAUGGGAAGAAUAAGAAAAGUAUGUCGUCUCUUUCACAACCGGCCUGAAACCCGUACUAAUGAACGGCAAUGACCGCAAAGCUAUUGACCGUAUGGUGCGGCAGUAUUCCGCUUACAUGGAGCGAAAGAAAUCGCAGAAGGCACCGCCGCCUAAAAUGAAGGUCGAACGAGUGGAAAUCUCUCUUCUCAGCGAGGACGAAAAGGAGGAUAUCAUUGGAGAGGCGUAUAACAAACGCAAGGCUGAGGAGCAUGAACGACCAAUCUCGCUAGAGAGCUUGUAUGCGGAGAAACGCCGCAAGACGAGUGCCUCUUGAAAGCUUGAUGGGUUUGCUGUCAAUGG